GCUUCUAUUGCCUUACAGGGCACAGCACGCUCCAGUAGCACACCAGACCAGAGAAUUGCGACUUGACACUGAAUCGGAUCAACUCCUCUUCAUCCCUACGUUCUCUCCCACUCAUCACCACAUACCAUCAUCAUGUCUGGAGGAUCAGCUGUUUCUCUCAUCAACCCUAACUCGGAGGUCGCUCGCCGUGGCCAAGCUCUGCAGCUGAAUAUCAAUGGUGCUGUUGGUCUAAUGGAGGUCGUUCGUUCCAACCUCGGCCCCAAGGGAACCAUCAAGAUGCUGGUCAGCGGCGCUGGCGAUAUUAAGCUGACCAAGGACGGCAAAGUUCUCCUCAGCGAGAUGCAAAUUCAAAACCCUACUGCCGCCAUGAUUGCCCGUGCAGCAACAGCUCAGGAUGAGAUUACUGGAGACGGCACAACUUCGAUCGUCAUGCUCGUCGGAGAAUUCAUGAAGCAAGCGGAGCGUCACAUUGCCGAAGGUCUUCAUCCUCGCAUAAUCACAGAGGGAUUCGAGCUCGCGAAGAAGGAGUCUCUUAAGUUUUUGGAUACUUUCGCUGUCAAGAAGGAGAUCGAUCGUGAGCUGCUCAUUUCUGUUGCUCGCACUUCACUCCGCACCAAGGUCCACCGUGCCUUGGCCGACACCCUUACUGAGGCUGUUGUGGAUGCCGUUCUGACCAUUUACCGCGAGAAUGAGCCCAUCGAUUUGCACAUGGUUGAGAUUAUGGCGAUGCAGCACAGGAGUGAAACCGACACUCGUCUUGUCCGCGGAUUGGUCAUGGAUCAUGGCGCCAGACAUCCCGACAUGCCCAAGAAAGUUAAGGACGCAUAUGUCCUCACCCUUAAUGUCUCCCUGGAGUACGAGAAAAGUGAGGUCAACUCUGGAUUCUUCUACAGCUCCGCGGAACAGAGAGAAAAGCUGGUCGAGUCAGAGCGCAAGUUUGUGGAUGAGAAACUGAAGAAAAUUGUGGAACUUAAGAAGCAGGUGUGCGGCGACUCUGGCAAAGGCUUCGUCAUCAUCAACCAGAAGGGCAUUGAUCCCCUGUCGCUGGAUGUCUUGGCAAAGAACGGAAUCUUCGCUUUGAGGCGCGCCAAGAGAAGAAACAUGGAGCGCAUGCAGCUGAUCUGCGGAGGUAUCGCCCAAAACUCUGUCGAUGAUCUUUCACCUGAAGUUCUCGGAUGGGCUGGACUGAUCUAUGAACACACCUUGGGUGAGGAGAAGUUCACAUUUGUUGAGGAUGUCAAGGACCCCAGCUCAGCAACCAUUUUGAUCAAGGGUCCUAACCCUCAUACGAUCCAUCAGACCAAGGAUGCCAUCCGCGAUGGUCUCCGUGCUGUUAAAAACACUUUGGAGGAUGGAUUGGUAGUACCGGGUGCCGGUGCCUUCCAGGUCGCUCUCCAUUCUCAUCUUCUCAAAUUCAAGGAUACUGUCAAAGGUCGUGUCAAGGCCGGUAUCACGUCCUUUGCUGAGGGCGUUUUGGUCAUUCCCAAGACACUGGCCUCAAACGGUGGCUUCGACCCUAUGGAUGUGAUUGUGACCAUGCAAGAAGAGUACGCGGAUGGCCAUAUUGUUGGUGUUGAUCUUCAGAGCGGAGAGACGCUGGAUCCCGUUGCAGAGGGCAUCUGGGACAACUACCGUGUCGUCCGCAAUAUGGUGCAGAACGCGUCCGUGAUUGCCACGAACUUUUUGCUAGUGGACGAGAUGAUGCGAGCUGGUCGCUCCUCGCUGAAGAACGAUAAUCACAUGGAAUAAGUUGGUUCGCCGGGCGGAACCACUCAAGGGACCCAGGGGUUGUGUAGAUUCAUCGUGUCCAGAUCAGGAGACAAACAGUAAAGUCGUAUACAGCGAAU